GUCAUAUUGAGGUUGCCCUGGCCAAGCCAUGAGCCUAGGUUGUUAGCACUAAACCGAGUGUAAAUCAGAGUAUAAAAUCAGCGGUAUUCCGUUUUAGAGCCACCUCCAACUCGUUUAUCUGUCUUUGGCUCUGGUUGCACUAUUUUAAAAAUGCCGGCGGCGUCGUUUGUGGUCGUUUUAACCUGAUAAACAAAGUCACUGACAUUAGCCUGUUAGCAUUUCUGGCUGUUUUUAAUGCUGCAGGACUGUGACCCUCCCCGGAUCUCUACUGUACCUCAGCCGAUUUGACGUUUUUUUUUUUUACUUUAAGAAGGAUGUUCCUGGUGGGACUUACUGGGGGGAUCGCCUCGGGGAAAAGCACAGUGUCUUCAAUGCUUCGGGAGCUCGGCUGCCCUAUUAUAGACGCUGAUGUGGUGGCCAGGAAAGUUGUGGAGCCGCACACUCCCGCCUAUUCCCGGAUCGUCUAUCACUUUGGGCCCGAGGUUCUGCUGGAGAACGGGCAGAUUGACCGGCAGAAGCUCGGCCAAAUCAUCUUUGCCCACGAAGAGAAGAGGAGGCUGCUAAACUCCAUUACCCACCCUGAGAUUCACAAAGCGAUGCUCAAAGAGAUCAUAUUCUGCUUCCUCAGAGGGUACCGCUAUGUGGUCUUGGAUGUGCCCCUCCUCUUUGAAACAAGACGCCUCACCAAGUUUUUGAACCAUACCGUGGUAGUUUACUGCGACCCUGCGACUCAGCUUCAGCGCCUCAUGCAGAGGGAUGACCUGACUCAGGAGCAGGCCGAGCAGCGCGUGGCAGCGCAAAUGCCACUUAACGAGAAGCGCGGCUUGGCCAACCACGUCAUUGAAAACUCAGGCAGCCGAGAGGACACCCAACGACAGGUCCUGCGGCUCCACACAAAGCUAGAGGAUUCAAUGGACUUCCUCUUAGUGAGGGUGAUCGUUGUCACUGCCACCGCCGGUUUGGGUGGGAUACUGCUCUACGCAGCCAAGCUGCUGUUGUCCUAACAAAAGGAAAGGAGGAGGAUGAAAAGAACAAGUCUAAGAUGUGAAGCUACGGUUUGAAUAAGGCAAAGGCAGGCCGGAAGUACUGAUGCGGUUUCCUGUAAAAUUAGUUUCACAGCACCUACCACUAACAGCGCAGCAGUGGGGCGUUUUAUGGAGACAGUUGACACAAACCUAGAAAAACCCACUGACAAAAUAGUUUGUUCUGGCCUUCCUCAGAACGACUAAAGAGUGAAGACGAUGAAGUAGAACCUCUUCAGCUUAGCAUAAAAGUACAUUUUACCAAGUUUAAUUUACAUUUUAUCCACUUUUUAAAACAUUUAAUUAUUCGAAUUAAACAAAGUGGAUGAUUUUAUCAGCUGGAAAUAAAAAACCUGUUUAUAGCUGCUACAGUUUAAUUCCGAUUUUAAGUUCUCAUUUAUAUGGCACCAACUCACUUUAUAUUUUUAGCUGAAUGUUGGUGCUAGCCCCCAUACAAAUAAGUUUUUAAAGCGUAAAGUAGGAAUCAAAUUAAAGAGCUGAGGAACUCUGACCUGACACACAGAAUAAUGAUUGUAUAAUGAUUGUGUAAUUUACAAUGGAUUUCUUUCCACUAGGAACAAUAGGAAUGAACAGAUUUCAUAUUUAGCACUGUAUUUUCUUACACUUAAUGUAUUCUCUGUUGUAGUAAAGUCUGUCAUUUUUAUUUUAUUUUCUUUUUGCGCACUUUGAACUAAAAUGUUUGCAGCCUGAUAUGUGUAACUUAAAAAUAACAGACCACACCACUGUAAAAUUGCCUGAGUGCAUUUAUUUGUCCUUGUGCUUUAUAAAUGAUUGUUUAUAAAUGCUGGAUAUCCAAACAAAACCUGGAAAUUGAAGCUGUAUUUGAUGUCUCCCAAAUCUACAAAAUAAAUGUAACAUCUCA